AACCACCUCUUCCCAUGCAAGCCCUAAAUUUCUCCUCAACCUUCAAUUUUUCCACCUUUGGCACCCAACCUUUUCUUUCGCACCGCAUCUCCCCAUGGAGGAGCGGGUCGCGUCUUCUGCCGGGGAACCUCGAUUGCAGUCGUCAAGAGCCGAACCCACCCCCAACAACGACGACAAUGACCUCUCCCUGCAGCUAGCUCGCCCUCCUACCCCACCAUUGUCAACCUAUGUUAUCCAAGUCCCUAAAGAUCAAAUAUAUCGCGUUCCACCUCCCGAAAACGCCCGCAUAGUAGAAAGUCACCGUCAGGCUGCAAAGGCGUCGGUGAAGAAUAAGAAGAGACCAUUUUCCAAGUACUUGAUUGGGAUUGCCAUUCUUUUGGUUGUCAUUGGUUUAAUGAUAGCCGUAACCCUAACUGUAAUCUACCGUUCUUUUACCCCUAAAGCUCCCGUUUUCUCUGUUUCAAAGCUGAACGUCAAGCAACAUAAAGAUGGUAGUCCCCCUACCUACGAUAUCACAUUGAAAGUCAAGAACCCUAAUGAAAAGAUGGGAAUCAAAUACGGGUCAGUUGAAGAUGAUGUGAAGCUAACAUUCUGGAAGAAAACGCUUGGUGGGGGACAAUUUCCAAGCUUUUAUCAAAACGGGGGUGAUUUGAACCUUGUUCAUGUUAAACUAAAUGGCCCCGAAGAUCAAACGGUGCCACCUAAUGUCCAGAGGAGUAUGAACGACAAAAAACCAAAACAUCAAAUCUCUUUAGUGCUAAACUUCAAUUCUCCAUUGUUGCUCAACGUUUGGAUAUUCAAGAUGUGGAGUAGAGACAUGGAUGUCAAAUGUAAUUUUAGGGUGAGCACCAUGGGGAAAGGAACCAAAAUUCUGAACCAACACUGUAAGACCAAAUUGUCCCAAUGA